CCAACUCACUGUCCAACAGACUGUCUCCGUUUCAGCGCGCAUCUUUUUGCUUGCCACUGCGUUGGUGAAACGCAUCCGCCGCUCGUCUCCGCUAAGGGAUGUUUGUAAACGGACUCACAUUCGACCAAAGAAUAUAACACACGACUUUAAACUAGCGGUGGAAGUAAAUAAUGGCUCCUCAACCCGCCAUCCGAUCUAGACAGACGGAAAAAACAAUAAACGGAAACCCAACUCAAGUUGUCUGCACGGAGUUCAGCAACUACAUUUUUAUAGUUUUGACACAAUAUGGUAAAAUUGGGACGCUUGUAUCUGUAACACCUGACACAAGGUCUGGUGAUAUCAGCCUUCCCAUGUUCAGUACCAGAGUGCUGCUGGGAAAGGAUGAGCCUCUCACACAUGUCUACGCCAAGAAUGUUGCAACGUUUGUCUCACAAGAAUCUGGCAACCGACCGGUCCUGCUGGGCCUUUCACUUAAAGACAACAGCGCUGAAACUAUGAAAAAUGUUAAAGAUAUGAUCAAAGCCUGUCAGGUUUGGUAAACAGGAGGUUGAACGGUACUAUUUCUGGAUGAGGACAAAUGACGUAUCUGCAGUUUUUUUACAACGUAAAUCAUGACUAGCCGGAAUGAUCUCAAGUUCUGUUGCUAUCGCACAGCGUGUGAAAAGCUUGAAUGUUAAAAUUAAAACUGCUGUUCAAGAUCACUUCUUUUUGCCUCUGUAUAAUAGAUGUCUUUCAGAUGCCCUGAGAUUAAAAUUGUAUUUUCUUACCUUUUAA